CUACCAACCUUUGAGCUUCAAAAAUGUCUUCCGCUUACCAGCUUCUCUUCUUCCCCCAAACUGCUUAUUCAUCUGUUCUCAGCAUCGAAGUGGUAGCUUGUGCACUCCUUUUGUUCAUGCUCUUUGGUUUCUGGUUUGCUCCAGGUGGGCUUGCUUGGGCUCUCUCGAAAGCUCAAGCUCGAAUGGCAAUCCCCGGACCAUCUGGGUUUCCUCUCCUUGGGUUGGUAUUCGCCUUCACUGGCCCUGCGACUCACCGUGUUCUUGCUAAGCUCUCCCAAGGGUUCAAUGCCCUUCAACUCAUGGCCUUCUCUGUGGGUUUCACUCGUUUCAUCGUAUCAACUCACCCGGAGACUGCUAAAGAUAUUCUUAACAGUUCGGCCUUUUCUGAUCGACCUGUUAAGGAAUCUGCUUAUGGUUUGCUCUUUCACCGAGCCAUGGGUUUCGCUCCCUUUGGGGAGUAUUGGAGGAACUUAAGGAGAAUAUCGGCUACUCAUUUGUUCAGUCCAAAGAGAAUCGCUAGUUUUGGGACUUCCCGGAGUGAAAUCGGUUUGAAGAUGGUUGAGGAGAUUAAGACUUCGAUGGUGUUGAAGGGAGAGGUCGAGAUGAAGAUGGUUCUGCAUUAUGGAUCGCUCAACAACGUGAUGAUGAGUGUGUUCGGGAGGAGUUAUGAUUUCAAGAAGGGUGGAGACGGGUUUGAACUGGAGAGAAUGGUCAGUGAAGGGUAUGAGUUACUUGGGAUCUUUAACUGGAGCGAUCAUUUCCCUAUUCUGGGUAGGUUGGACUUGCAGGGAGUGAGGAAAAGAUGCCGAAAACUUGUCUCUAAGGUGAAUGUGUUUGUGGGAAAGAUAAUUGAGGAGCACAGGAGAAGGAGGGUUAAUGGGGUUCUGGGUGAUGAUAGUGUUGGUGAUUUCGUCGACGUUCUGCUGGACUUAGAGAAGGAAGACAGGCUCAGUCAGUCAGACAUGAUUGCUGUUCUUUGGGAGAUGAUUUUCAGAGGGACAGAUACUGUAGCCAUUAUUCUGGAGUGGAUUAUUGCAAGAAUGGUGCUGCACCCAGAAAUCCAGUCUAAAGCCCAAUCUGAAAUUGAUGCUGUUGUGGGCACUACUCGUAUAGUAUCAGAUUCUGAUCUACAGAACCUCCCUUAUCUGCAAGCAAUAGUGAAGGAAUCCUUGAGAAUGCACCCUCCGGGUCCCCUUCUCUCAUGGGCCCGACUUGCUGUCCAUGAUGUUCACAUUGGGAACUACUUUGUCCCUGCUGGAACAACUGCUAUGGUGAACAUGUGGGCGAUAACCCAUAAUGAAGCUAUAUGGUCAGAGCCCAAUGAGUUCAAGCCUGAGCGAUUCAUGGAAGAAGACGUGAGCAUUAUGGGUUCGAAUCUGAGGUUGGCACCUUUCGGGUCUGGGAGAAGGGUCUGCCCUGGUAAGGCUAUGGGUCUUGCUACUGUUCAGCUCUGGUUGGCUCAGUUGCUUCAGAACUUCAAGUGGGUUCCUUCUGAUUCUGGUGUGGACUUGUCCGAGUGCCUGAAGCUUUCUCUUGAGAUGAAGAAUCCAUUGGUAUGCGGUGCUGUUCCAAGGAAUGUUUGAUGUUUGCCUUGAUUCUGGGUCUGUGGUUUCUUUUU